GACAGCGCACACCUAGUCGUCUCUAUGCGGUAAUUCAAUAUUGACACAGUGAUCACGGAUCCGUGCACUGAUCAAAUAACACAACGUGUAAAGAAUAGUUCGAAUGGCACACAUAACACAUUACGAGGGGAUGUUUAUGUUCUAAACAAGGCAACAAGGGACAAGUGUAGUCUAGUUCUAUUUUAGUAAGAUUAGAACAAUGGUGGUACUGUUCAUCGACUAAAUGACUCAACUCUGAACUGGAAAAUGAUGGUUAAAAGCUGCUAUCAGGGGGUCCUCAAUAAUUGUUUUCACUGGGCCGGGACAGAGAGUGAUACAACAACCUGAUCGACGCGGUGUCCGCGCUCUGCCUAGGCACCCACUGCACUGGUCAACGUCCCACGGCCUGCUUCUUCAACGACAACCGAUCAUCAACCAACCGACCUCAACAGCAAAUCACAAUAAUGACAAACAUCAGCAAAGGCAUAUCAACGAGAGUUAAACUUGUAGAUUCCGGUUGUACAACCUAGCUUUCUAAAAAAAUAUUUUCCUGUAAAAUACGCCUCUUUUGAACUAUCAAGAAAUCUGCCAGACUUGAGACACAUUCUGCUGACUUUCUCAACCACCAAAGAGGGUGAAUUUUUACCAAGUGCAAUCAUGCUGGAUCCCACACUGCCGUGGUUAGCCGUUGGCUACAAGAACUUCAAGCAGGAAGACUUCUGCCAACGACAGAUCAAAGAUGAGAUGAGCAAAUACAGGAUAGACACUACUACAGAUGUCCUCCGAUCAACAACUCCCCAAGGUCAACAACGACGUCGGGUUAAGAGUGCAACUCACGCAAGAUUUAUCCCUCGGUGCGGAAGCAACUGGCCUGCAUACACCUCUUCACCAGCGAGACCAAAUAGUGCCCAGUCUUACCAUCAUAAAACAACUUUUACAGAUCAGAUUGCGGAGCGGGCUCCUUCGCGACAACGACGCCCUCGCAGUGCAUUUGUGACACAUAAGCCAUCGCUUGCGCAGAACCGCAGCAUCAGCAUGGUGGAGCGAGAGCAUCAUGAAGAGAAGAUGAUAAGAUUGUUUGUGGAUGACAGAGACAAGAAGUGUGCAUUUUGUCCGGUGGAGUGCCGGCCAAAGUCAAGUAGCUCUAACAGGCCUACCUCUUCAACUGGUCUGGUUGCAGCCCAACUACCUACACAUUAUGAUAGAUACGUGUACAGCACAAGACCAAGAACAGCACCAGCCACGAGGCGGGAGUUUCUACAGUUACCAAGAAAAAAUAAUAUAAGACGUGGUCAAGUACCUCACUACACCAACUUUGUGAAGAGGGUAGAGCUUGGUGUGAAGGACGGUUCCCCUUCCCCACCUCCAAGAAGGCGAAUAGCCUUUGAGGACGAGCCCAUCAAGCCCCGGUCACCUACCCCUGUGGAGUCUUCACAUGGAGAUGUUGAGGAGGAAGAGAUGGUGCCGUUUGUUGGGAAUGAGGAGGAGGAGGAGUUUGAUGAUGUAUCAAUCCAUAUUCCGUCACCCACCGACCAUCUUCUGGUACCAGAAUCAAUUCAAUCUGAAGAACCGUCCACUGAUGAAAUUCAAGAGGCGUGGACUGAACCUAAAGCUCCAACCCCCUCCCCUGCAAUAUCUGGGAGAAGCAGCCCCGUCCCUAUUGUUGAUGAGACUCCUGAGCAGCCUAGCCCACCCCCAAGGGAACCAACUCCUCCCCCUCGUGAACCAACACCACCCCCUCGAGAACCCACUCCACCCCCAAGAGAACCAACCCCACCUCCACGGGAACCCACCCCACCUCCACGGGUACCCACUCCACCCCCAAGGGAUCCUACACCACCACCAAGGGAGCCCACUCCACCCCCAGAACCCAAGCCAAAGAAGGAGGUUAGGAUUCUGGAGACGCCCAUUCUCCCUCCUGCCAAACCCAAGACUGUUCCUCAGCCCACACCCAAGUCGUGUCUGGUGAAGAAGACAGAGGUACCCAAAGAGCCUGAACCUAAGCUCGAGCCUCAAGUAGUCCCCACUCCUGAGGUAACCCCGGUGGAGGAGGAGAAACCUGAAGAGGUUGAGGUAGCAGUGGAGGAGAUUGAAGAGGAGCCUCAAGAGAAUGAUAAGAGCAAAGAGGAGAAACAGCCUGUGGAAACAAGAAAGCCUGAUAAGAAGAAACUCGGACCAGCUCCGAAGUUCAAAGUUGACUUGUUCUCUAUGGACUCGGGUGCCAUGAAAAAUAUCCUGGAUAUGGAGAUGAAAUUAAGAAGAAAAGGUGGAGACACCAAGACGUCCGACGGUGAUUCAUUUGCUGAUAUCCCUGAAUAUCUACUCAAGAGGCGGCCACCCUGGCAAACCGGUCGUAUGGCCCUCUCUCGCCGUGCCUGCCGCUUUGAGAUUCCAAUGGAUGUGUUUGUACUGGAGAACAUGUCACCAACCGAGUACCUACAACAGUACUGCAUCGUCAGCAAACGUCGACAGGCCAUGUACCGUAGAUCCUUCAGCAAGGUGGAUAAAGAUAAUGACAUGAAAAUCAAUAUGAAGGAGUUUAACGCAGCUGUCUUGGAGGCACUAGUAGGCACAGUACAACUGGAACAAGUUCAAGAUGUUUUGACAAUGAUUCAAGCAGACAAGUUCCCUCACUUUGGACCAAAGCUUUUCUGUGCAAUAUGCUCACUCCUGGAGAGGCUUCACUACCGAGAGUUUGUAACGGAAGACACUGUUGACAAAGAGGGUCUGGUUGAAAAGGAGAAGGUGGAAGAUGCUGAUUUCCUGGCUCUGGAUUGGAAAUUUGAUGGAUGUGUAAUCAACGAACCCCUCAAGCGCCUCCUGUACAUGCUGUAGCUGAUACAAAUACUGUGUUGAUUAACAUGACGUGUAUAUGAAUUGCAGUCGUUGUACCUGACAAAAACAUGUGUGGAUUGAUACUCGAACGUAACAUGAACUUGCUGUUCAAAAUGCCUCCUGCAUGUUUAGCUGAUAUGACCAUGCGUUGAUUGGUUUUGUGAAUGUAUCAUCACCAGUCAUAGGCCUCCUGCAUACAUGUAUUAGCUGACAAGAACAUGUUUGGAGGGCGGAUGUUGAUAUUGAGUUUGAAAAAGCCUUUCAAGGCACUGGACACUAGAUACUCAAAAUAAUUUU